AUGCCCGAAGAAGCUGUAGAAAUAAAUGAUUUGAAGGAUAAGCCCUCAGCUCAUAGAGAGAAAAUCAUUGAUAUAAUACAAGUUUACGAACACAGAUACAAAAUUUUCUCCCAAAUGAAUAUUCCAAAAAAAUGUGACAUUUUCGACAAAAUCCGUACAAUUUUAUCAAUAGAUCUCAGUAUAGAAAUUGAGCAGUUAUUUGAAAAUGACUAUUACUCAUUCAGUAUGAUUCUAGCUGCAUUCUAUCGUCAGAAGUAUGCACUGGAGAUUCCAAGACGAGAAGUGCCUAGUUCGUCCGUUCCGUACCCUGAAAAAGACUUGUUGUCCGAGUGUCAACAUCCUUUGCACACUGUACUGGUUAUGUGUUUUGCAGCUCAUGAGAUGAAGAAAAUGGUAGUCAAGGAUGAUUUUGGACAAACUUUGUUGCAGGAAAAAUAUGAAUCGCUGAAGGAGCAAUUAGAAGAAAUCGCAUGCAGUAUAGUCAACAAUUUUUAUUCGAAUUCAAUGCAUGGACUGAUUCAAAUCCGAGAAGCUCUGCAGGCGGAUUAUAAGUCUAAAUUCCCCGAAACUGAGCGUAAGAUGACACCCUAUGAAGAAUAUCUCUACAAGAAAUUCGACAAAAGUAAAGAGAUUAUGACAGUUGCUUACAAGGCAAAGGCCAUGAAAUUUUUGUCCCAGAAACCUUGCUUAGAUUUUAUGAGAGUUCGGAAUAAGUGUCGGAAAUUUUUUCGUGGGGUCUACAUUGCAAUGUUUGCAUAUAUGCUAUGCAAGUUUCCAGUUUAUGAUGAUCUUGAUAUGUCUGCUGAACUGGAGUGGAAAGAAAGCAUUCCAUACAUUUAUGUUCUUUUGGUUCUAAUUGCUCAAGUUUCGAUGACAAUCUUUAAAGCGACAGAUUAUUUGAGAUUCCAUGCAUUCAAGUCAACCAGAGCACCUAGAACUGAGGAUCCGAAGAAUCGUUUCGGAUGGAAAAGAAACAAAUUGAAUCUGCUUCGCCCCUAUUUUAAAUCGAACAGACUUGCGCUAUUCAGAAUCUUUCUGGUCGUCCCGUUGCUACUUUUGGAAGCAAUUCAAUUUGUAAUUUUUACAUUGAAAAGAAAUAAGGCAUUGAAAGCAGAUGAAAAGUUUUGGUAUGGCGCAUGGGUCCUUAUUCCAAUUAUUCUGGAACUCUUGUAUUGCUCAUUGUUUGCUAUAGCUACAGUAUCAUCUCUUCGUUUCUUUCAUUUCGUGCAGUCAUUGGGAUUUUUUGUGCAUCUCUUCAAGAAAAUGUGGAAAACAGUCGGAAUGUUUGUUUUAAUAUUCUGCACAUUCUGGUUUGUGUUGGCAGUAAUUCAUGUCAGUAUCUCAAGAACAUUCGUGUCUUCAACCAACACAAUAUUUUACACAGUAACUUCACAAGGAAAAUUCGAAAUUUUCGGUGAAGUUCAAGAUGAUGAUCGUGUGGGGAAUAUCUUAGAUUGUGGUCACUUCAAUAGAACAGUUUUGGAUUUUUUCAACAUGGACUAUAUCGAAGCGAGUUGUUUGUUUCGAAGCUCUGUAAUGCCAUUUUUGGUUUUCAUCUAUAUUUUUGUUACUGGUGUUUUGCUGGUCAAUUUGCUGACUGCUCAGUUAACGAAAGAAUACGAGAAGGAAUCUGAAAAAAGUCGAUACUACAAAGGAUAUCUGAAAUACGAGCAACUGGCAAAAAUUGAAUCAAAACUAUAUCUUCCACCUCCAUUAUCUCUGAUAUACAUUUGCAUUCGGUUGAUUUUUUAUUUCUUCGCUGGAAUUUGUUUUUUGAUCAAUCUAGUGACUUCAUGUUGUGGCUGGUCAUUCUUAUUCCCCAAAUGUUCAAGAUUUUUUUACAUGACCAUAAUAAGUAAACUGGAAGGAUAUCCAUGGGGAGCAGUUCGAGAUUCGACAGAUGAUCAUGGAACCGAAAAAGCUAUUCAAGAUUAUUUGAAAAAGUCACCGGACGAUAUUUGGGAGAAGUUGAAGGAGGUAGUCAACAUGUACGAUAGAAAAAUAUUGGAUGUUGAAAAUUUGAUAAACCUGAGAAAAGAUAUUGAUAGUUUUCUGGAUAAACAAGUGGACGAAGAGAGGGCAAGAAGUCAUUCAGCCAUAGGAACGGCCAUAGGUUUCGUAUCAACCACACAAUCAAGACAGAUAAAUCGAAACUCGACGAUAAAAUUCCUGGAGGAUGAUCCAAGCUCAGAAAUGAAUAUUCCUACCUUUGCAUAA